AUGGUUGGAUAUACAGAGAAGCAUCUCGAGGAUGACAGUGAAGAAUCGUUCAUCUCGCAAUUCGAGACAACUCUUACAAUCCGACCUACGGCGGAUUAUUUAGAAGACCAAGAUCAAGACUUAUCAAUCGAUCAUACUACUUUUAUACAUGCAACAAACCACGAUUUUGAGGAAUCUGACGAUAACGUUCAUGUAACCACGAAUUGCAUUAGAAACUUGGUUCCUGAAAAGUCAAAAAAAAUUUCUAAUGGGCUGGCACCAUCGAAAUCUGAGCUUCAUUUGGGAGACACCCAUCAUAAAGCAAACAACUCGGAAUUAUCAGAAAUUUUGAAGCCAUCACCUCUGAUUGACUUGGAUUUGGUUCGAUUCAGGAAAGCGUUUCAUGAAUUUAUACUCGCUAAUCCACAAAUCAAAAGAGAAAGCCCAAGGUUUGAACUUGCUCUGCAAAAGACUCUUGUUCUCUUAUCUCCUUAUUCACCAGAGCAUGCGUUUGGUCGCAAAUGGGUUACCAAAGCAUAUCUUUCCACCAUAUUUGAAAGGCCACAGCGGCUACUAGCCUCUUCUUUGGGAAUUGCUGCCGCACUUUCCAUGUACCCAUACUAUUACAGUGUCCAGAAUUCUACUAAAAGAGGCUCCCUCUUUUCUGAUCACGUCCGAAAAAUUCAUGGAGAAUCCUGGCCCAAAACUUUAUUCGAACUAUGCUUGAAGUCUCAUGACAAACUCAAGGAUGGUAAAUAUGAAGUCCCUGAGGACUGGAAUACUGGCGACAUUUAUUUGACACCGAAAACAAUAACAGCUCUUGAAGGUGUUCUUGGAACAAUUGAGACAGCCAUUGAUUCACUAUUCCAAAACGCUGACGAUGAAAAGAACCAUAACUUAGCUUUUGUUGCCAUUAGGCCUCCGGGUCACCACUCUCACGCUUGUUUGCCUAGUGGGUUUUGCAUGCUUAAUAAUGCACAGAUAGGGAUCGAGUACGCAUUCGACACUCAUGGGGUUACUCACUGCGCGAUUUUGGAUAUAGAUCUCCAUCAUGGAGAUGGAUCUCAGGAUAUUUGUUGGGAACGUGCCGGUUUUACUGGCGAUCAUGGAAAAUCAGACGAUGAAUUUGAUGAUCAUCUCGAGAAUCCUAGGAAUGACUACGGCAAAAAGCUCGCGAAUUAUCCAAAAGUUGGGUACUUUUCUCUACAUGACAUCAAGUCAUACCCUACUGAACUAGGAUUCGCGACCAAACAAAAUUUGAAAAAUGCAUCGCUUUGUAUUAUGGAUCACGAUCUUAACUUAUGGAACGUACAUUUACAAGAAUGGACAACCGAAGAAGAGUUUUACAAGCUUUAUCAAACCAAAUAUGUCGCAAUUCUCAACAGGGCGAAUCAAUUCCUCAAUUAUUCAAAAAAGCAAUACGAGCAGCAAUAUGCAACAUACUUGUCUGAAUUGACGAAGUACAAUAAGUACCUUCAAAAGCCUACCGCUUACAAACAACAAGUUCAGAAACCAAAACCGCCACCACAAUAUAAGCCAUUGAUAAUCAUUUCAGCGGGCUUCGAUGCAUCUGAGUACGAAAACCCACAAAUGCAACGUCAUUCAGUUAAUGUACCUACAUCAUUUUACGCAAAAUUCACCGAGGAUGUCGUGAAAUUAGCUGAUAUACACACGAAAGGUAAGGUCCUAUCAUUUUUGGAGGGUGGAUAUUCAGAUGGAGCAUUAGUAUCUGGCAUAUUCUCUCACCUAAUCGGAUUUACCAACUUCAAGAGGGAUAAUUCCACAAACGAAAGUUUGUGGAAUGAGACUUGGGGCUCUGAACAUGUGAUCAAAGAAAUAGUUAGAGGUUGCAAAAAGGCAUGGACUCCAUACAAAAAUCCCCGCACUGAGACUACAAUCUGGGCUAAUGAGGUGAUAAAGCUUGGGCGAUCAAUGAUGCCUAAUUCAAUCUUGCCUCCAGAUUACAUGUAUGAAUCAAGAAGUCAAAAAAAAACUGAGACUGAUGCGGAUCACUUGGAACCUACUAGAAGGAACAAGAUGUUACGAGAAAUAAUGGAUGCAGAACUUUUGCAAGAGAAUUUGAGGCGCUUCUCGUCUGAAGACGAAAAAAACGUGGAGGUUCGACACACAAGGUCUUACUACCAACGAACCAUGAGAUAG